GCAGGACUGCGUCCGCACUGGCUGCUCCUGCCCGGCUCGGAGACGUAGAGGGUGAGUGCGGCGCCGCGGCGGGACCCUUCGGAUCGGGCUGGCGCCAGGCAGAGACCCAGGCAGCAGGCGGCCGGGACGGCCCGGAGAGGCCCCUGAGGGGCGGGGCCGGCGGUGGAUGGGCCCGAGGCAGCGCUUUCUCCGUCCCUGCGCGACGCCGGGCCGCUUGCUCCAGCUCCGCCUCCUCAGGAUCCUGCCCGUCCCCUAGGAAGGACCCCACAGGAAGGCAAGAGAAGGCAAUGGCUGCUGGGCCUCUGCCACUGGGAACUCAGUUUCAGGAGUCACUGACAUUCAAGGAUGUGCUGCAGAUUUUACUUGGGAGGAGUGGCUUCAUCUAGAUUCUGCUCAGAGGAACCUGUAUGGGAAAGUAAUGCUGGAGAACUACAGGGACUUGGUGUCACUGGGCCAUUGGCUUUCCAAACCAAGUGUGAGUUCUCAGCUGGAACUGGAAGAACUGAGCCUGGUGACAAAAGAACUUCCAGUGGACGUCUCUCCAGACAAGGAAGCGUCGAGGACGGAGUGCUGUGUUCGGCUCUUCCCCAGCCACCGGGACUCGCUACUCAUAACCAUCCUAUGGGGUUGGAAGACAAGAAAUGAAACCAAAGAAUCACCUGCAAAGCCCAACGUUACUGAAGAUAUAUCCUAUGGGGUAAUAAUGGAAAGGGAAGGUCUCUGGCAUUCUUCUUUAGGGGAAACCUGGGAACCUGAUAAUUGGUUAGAUGGGCAACAGAAAAGCCAGGAUAGACAUCUGGGCCAAGUGGCAGUUACACAUGAAGAAACCCUCACUGAGAGGACAUUUGGAGGUAACGAAUUUGCAAGAUGUUCUAGUCAGGAGUCAAUCCUUGAUAUACAACAAAGUAUUCCUGUAGGAAAAAGGCCCCAUAAUCAGAAUUUACAUAAAGAAGACACUAAACAGAAUUCUGAAUUAAUUAAAACUCAAAGUAUGUUUGUUGGGAAGAAAAUCUAUGAAUGUAAUGAAUGUAGGAAAACCUUCAGCCAGAGCUCAUCUCUUCUUAAGCACCAGAGGAUUCAUACUGGGGAGAAACCCUAUAAGUGUAAUGUAUGUGGAAAGCACUUCAUCGAACGCUCCUCCCUUACGGUGCAUCAGAGAAUUCAUACUGGAGAGAAACCCUAUAAAUGUAACGAAUGUGGGAAAACCUUCAGUCAGAGCAUGAACCUUACUGUUCAUCAACGAACUCAUACUGGAGAGAAACCCUAUCAGUGUAAAGAGUGUGGGAAAGCUUUCCGUAAGAAUUCAUCCCUUAUUCAACAUGAAAGGAUUCAUACUGGAGAGAAACCCUACAAAUGUAAUGAAUGUGGGAAAGCUUUUACCCAAAGCAUGAAUCUUACAGUGCAUCAAAGAACUCAUACAGGAGAAAAACCCUAUGAAUGCAACGAAUGUGGAAAAGCCUUCAGUCAGAGCAUGCAUCUUAUUGUACAUCAGAGAAGUCAUACUGGAGAAAAACCCUAUGAGUGUAGUGAAUGUGGGAAAGCCUUUAGUAAAAGCUCAACCCUUACCCUGCAUCAGCGAAAUCACACUGGAGAAAAACCCUACAAAUGUAACAAAUGUGGGAAAUCCUUUAGCCAAAGCACAUACCUUAUAGAACACCAGAGACUUCAUUCUGGAGUAAAACCUUUCGAAUGUAAUCAGUGUGGAAAAGCUUUCAGUAAGAAUUCAUCUCUUACUCAGCAUCGGAGAAUUCAUACUGGAGAGAAACCUUAUGAAUGUAUGGUAUGUGGAAAACAUUUCACUGGGCGAUCCUCCCUUACUGUACAUCAGGUUAUUCAUACUGGAGAGAAACCUUAUGAAUGCAAUGAAUGUGGAAAGGCCUUCAGCCAGAGCGCAUAUCUUAUUGAACAUCAAAGAAUCCAUACUGGUGAGAAACCCUAUGAAUGUGAUCAGUGUGGAAAAGCCUUCAUUAAGAAUUCAUCCCUUAUAGUGCAUCAGAGAACUCAUACAGGAGAGAAGCCCUAUCAGUGUAAUGAAUGUGGAAAAGCCUUCAGUCGGAGUACAAACCUUACACGACAUCAGAGAACUCAUACAUGAGCUAAGUUUUCACUGAGCCCUUCGCCAGGAUUAACUGUUCAGUGAUAAUCAGAUAAGUCCUGUAACAUAGAAACCUCAUAAAUGUAAUAGCUGUAUGAAUCUUUCAGUUGAAGUAUAAAUUACUAUAUGAGAUCAUACAGACCACUGCAGAAAAACCAUAUAAAAUAGAGAAACUUUAAUUCAUAAAGUAAAACUUACUCCUUGACAUCAGAAGGUUGAAAUAGCUCAUGCUGUAAACAAUGAGGAUUCGCAUUGAAGAGAAGUUGUGUUGUGUCAUACUGCAGAUCUCCUUUGGACAUCAAAGACUUCACACUGGAGAGAAAAUGUGAGCGUGCUUAACUGGACAGCCCAAAGACCUGGUAUGUAGUCCUCAUCUGCCACUAACUUGGACAAGUCACCUACUUUCACCAGAUCAUAGUGUCCUUAUUUAGUAAAGGAGGGAUUUUGAAUUUAGAAGGUCUCCAGAAUCCCGAUUAGCUCUAAAAUGCUGUAAACCUAUAGAUAUAACCAAUACUGGAAAAUCCUUGACGUUUUACCAUGUUAUGUGUGUUAUCUAGAUGCUCCUAAUCCACAAUCAGGUUUCCCUGGAUGUUUUGAGUCAAAAUUCUCUACCUCUACCAAAGCCUAUUAUUAUCCCUCUAUGUCCCUCCCCUGACCCCCUGCACUGUUAUUUUCUCACCUAAAACGUAGGCUGAUUGCUACUGGGUGAUGAAAUAACUGUACAGAUCUUAAUGCCAUAGCAUGCUGUUUUGAGUUCUCAAUUAAGUCAUUAAACUACUGUUAAAUAAGCUAAUUAGAAAACAGUAUAACUUAAAUAUAGUUUCUAAGUACAUAGGAUUCA